AUGGAUAGAGUUGAGAGUUCUGGAUUUAUUUCAAAUAUAAGUUCUAAUGACUCUGAUCAAUUGGUUGUUAAUGAGGUUGUUAAAAAAUUAGAAAUGAAAAAAAUUAAGGUAGAUGAAGAAAUGGUUGAAAAAAAUACAUCAAUUGAUGAUAUGUCAAAUUGUUAUCGUUCCAUUAUCCAACAUAUUGGUGAAGAUUUAAAUCGUCAGGGCCUCAUAAAAACACCAGCUCGUGCAGCAAAAGCUAUGCUUUAUUUUACCAAAGGAUAUGAUGAAAAUCUUGAUGAUAUUAUAAAUGAAGCUGUUUUUGAUGAAAAUCAUGAUGAAGUUGUAAUUGUCAAAGAUAUUGAAAUGUUUUCAUUAUGUGAACAUCAUUUAGUACCAUUUACCGGUAAAGUACAUAUUGGAUAUCUUCCAAAUAAGCGUGUACUUGGAUUAAGUAAAUUAGCAAGAAUAGUUGAGAUGUUUUCAAGGCGUCUUCAAGUACAAGAAAGGUUAACUCGUGAAAUAGCAUCAGCAUUGAUGCAAGCUGUUCAACCGGCAGGUGUUGCUGUUGUAGUUGAAGCAAGUCAUAUGUGUAUGGUUAUGAGAGGUGUACAAAAAUUAUCAUCAUCUACAACUACAAGUUGUAUGCUUGGUGUAUUUAGAGAUGAUCCAAAGACAAGAGAAGAAUUUUUAUCAUUAAUAAAAAAAUAA